GCGGUGCAGUGGUGUUCCGGCAGUGGUUGUGCGGCGGCACCGGUGUCUAGUGGUGAGUGGGAGAAGAUGGGAGGGAAAGUGAAUGAAGAAGGGUAGAAAAUCUGAAAAAAAUUAGGGAAUGAGUAAGGAGAGGAGAGAAAAGGAAAUAUAAAUAUAUAAAUACGGUAUAAAUAUACCGUAUUUAGGGCGUUACUAGGAUAUUCUAGGGUAUUGUUUAGCAAAGCCGUCCAAAACCUAGUCUUUUCUAGUAAAGAAAAUCGAACCUAUGAGAGCGAAACGAGUAAUCGAGUAGAAUACGAAAUUUGUUGAAAUGUUUCGAACUUUCGAUGAAAUUGCUGUCAGACUCAAACUAACUGAGAAUGAGCUAAAUCAGCUAAUACAAUUACGCCUUACGCGAUGGAGAGUGGGGUACAAAGAUGGAUUGUUGACAUAUCAGAAUGGAACCCUUCACCCGCACAAUUCUGCUCUGCAGUCUCAGUUCUUCCCCAACACCAACAAUCGUUCAUUACGAGAUAUGUGAAAAUGGAAGACAGGAAACGGGCAUUGGUGAGCAGGCUGCUUCAGUAUGCUAUAAUACAUGAAGUGUUGGAAAUUCCAUUUGAUGAGAUAAUUAUCAGGUCAACUGUUGAAGGCAAGCCCUAUGUGCACUUCGACAGAAUGCGACCAAAAUUUCGAAAUUUCAACUUCAGUGUCAGCCAUCAUGGUAAUUUUGUGGCUAUUGCAUCUGAACCAUUCUGUCUUGCGGGCUUGGAUAUAGUGUUCCAUGAAAUUCCUGUGAAGGAGACUACCCAACAAUUCAUCAACAGUUUCUCAUCAUAUUUCUCAAGUAUGGAGUGGGACAAGAUAAAUAGUGCUGGUACUUGUGAUGAUAUGCUGGAAAGACUUUACAGAUAUUGGAGUCUGAAGGAAGCAUUCGUUAAAGCAAUAGGGAGUGGACUAAGUUAUAGGUUGGAUGCCUUGGAGUUUAAUCACGUCAACUGGACCAACAUUUAUGUGAAAUUACACGAUGAAGAACUGAGACACUGGAAAUUUUGGCAUUUGGAAUUGAAGAAGAGACACUAUGUUUCCAUCGCUCGGGGUUCUCCACGUAUGGCCAUUGAGAGUUUUAAGCAAACACUUGGACAGAUAGAUAUUGAUGAAGAUGGACAUGAUUCAAGAUUUAAUCUCCGGAAUCCAAUUUUCAUAUGGAAAACUGUAGACCAACUCAUACCUACUUAGUUCUUCUAUCUAUAUGCCUGAGCAUAAGCUCCUUUGCUUAGAUAUAUUUAGUGCUUGACGGUUGCAACUGCCAAGCUCAACUAAAGAGUGAUGAAGUUAUCUUGCAUUUUCGAUGCCA